AUGUUGCUGCCAGCAAAAACUACAGUCGACGGGAGCAUGCUGGUACAAACAAGAAAGCUUCCAAAAGAUUUGAAGACGAUGCAGUUUGAAGAAAUGCUUUUCGACUCAUUGGAAGCUUGGAAGCGACUCGAUGUAGAGAUCGUGAGAAUCACAGUUGAACUGGAGGACUCGUUUCUCAUCCCAAUUUUGGCGAAGUAUGGAUUUAAGUUCAGCUCUCUAACCGCCGAAAACGUCACAAUGUCGAAAUGGCUUCCCUUAUACGCUCAGUCUCCGCUGGCUUCGCUUGGCUGCAACUACCAUAGCGUUGCAUGUAUGGUCCUGGACAAUCUGGGACGCAUCCUGAUGGUCAAGGAACAGAAGCGCAUUAGCUUGGGAUGGAAAUUUCCCGGUGGAAAGGCUUCAGGCUGCGAGGGAAUAUUCGAAACGGCGAGAAGAAAAGUUCUAGAAGAGACGGGAGUUCGCGCCAUACCUGAUGCCAUCAUUUCGCUAAGGCACAAAGCUGCUUUGCCGUACUCGAAUAUUGGUACGUUCUUCUUCGGGUGUUUGAUGCAUAGCAAAGAUGGUCAUGAAGAACGAGAUCCACCAUUUUACCCCGAAGGAUAUCUUGUCUCUUGGUUUACAAGGAGAGAGCUGCGUGGUCUUGGAGAAGAAGACUUUUUCCAUCAUCAUCGCGACUUAUUUCUCGAAUAUGACAAGUGGUUGAGUGCAAAUGCUGACCAGCCUUUCGUCACUUCUGAUCAUGGGUGGCAUAUUUCACCACUGUUCAUGUUUUCUACCGUCUGA